AUGAGAAAUGUGCGUUUGUAACGAUGUCUGUAUCGAGCAGCACGCUGAAGUGCAACAUUAUACGCGUGUUUAACGGUUUAGCAGGGUUGAUCUGAUCCUGGUACCGGGUAUGUAUUGACAGGUUGCUCACGAUGGCUACGGCGGAGCAGUGUGGGCGUCUGCACGUAUUCACGGGUCAGAAGAGCCAUGUCGUGUUCUGUGUUAAUCCGGGCAGUUUGACUAGAGGUUUCACUUACACUUGAUCAGAGAGCAGCAGAUCCCCGUGUCACGGUUAUCAGUUAAAAGUAAUCUGUCGAACACGUCUCUGUUUACACUUAGCGACAGAAGACGAGUAGUGAACGAGCGAAGGCCGAGGGUUUGUUGCACUGCGGUACCAUGAAAGGCCAGCAGCAUUUCAGCUGUGACACUUUAUUUGUUCGCGCAAUAGUUUAUUGACCUGCCAGCACCUCAGCAUCCCAGUGACAAUGUCCGAAGAUCUCUACGAGAAGUUUCUGUCUCCAGGGGAUCCGUUCCCUUUGCUGUCCCAGCGCGGUAACGCCAGUGAAGAAGGAACGCUGGACGUGAGUGACUUCAGCUGUCAGCAUUCCUCCUGUCACAGAACUGACCCCCUUCAUCGCUUUCACAGCAACAGAUGGAACCUGACCUCGUGUGGUACCAGUGUUGCAAGCUCAGAGUGCAGCGAGGAAUUGUUUUCCUCUGUCUCUGUCGGGGACCAGGAUGACUGCUAUUCCCUCCUGGAUGACCAGGAGUUCACCUCCUUCGAACUUUUUCCAGAGGGCAGUGUCUGCAGCGAUGUCUCCUCUUCCAUCAGUACCUACUGGGACUGGUCGGAUAGCGACUUUGAAUGGCAGCUGCCUGGCAGUGACAUUGCGAGUGGAAGUGAUGUCUUGUCUGAUAUCAUACCCAGCAUUCCUAGCUCUCCUUGCCUGGUCCCAAAGAGGAAAAGCAAACAGCACAGGAAUCUGGAUGAGCUUCCCUGGAGUGCCAUGACCAACGAUGAGCAGGUUGAAUAUAUUGAAUACUUGAGUCGAAAGGUGAGCACUGAGAUGGGACUGAGAGAACAGCUGGAUAUUAUCAAAAUCAUUGAUCCCAGCGCGCAGAUAUCUCCUACAGACAGUGAAUUCAUCAUCGAGCUCAACUGUCUUACAGACGACAAGUUAAAACAGGUGAGGAACUACAUCAAGGAGCACAGCUCUCGCCUGCGCCCGGGCAGCACCCGGGACAGCUGGAAGAGGAGCAGCUACAGCAGUGCCAGCACCAGUGGGGUGAGCGGCGCCAGCAGCAAUGCCAGCAUGGUCAGCACAGGCAGCAGCAGCAACGGCUCCAGCGGCUCCAACAUGAGCCGGGCACACAGCGACAGCAACCUGUCCACCAGCACCGCAGCUGAGAGGAUCCGAGACUCCAAGAAGCGCUCUAAACAGCGCAAGCUCCAGCAGAAAGCCCUGCGCAAGAAGCAGGUGAAGGAGCAGAGGCAGGCCCGCAAGGAGAGGCUGAGCGGACUGUUCCUGAACGAAGAGGUGCUGUCACUCAAAGUGACAGAGGAGGAGGAGGAGGAUCAUGAGGGAGACGUUGAAGUCUUGAUGUGACGAGCGGGACUCCCUCAGUGUUCCUUCUGAGCCUCUAGCUUUCGUAUGUGAGCAUUAAAAAAAAAAACUAAAAACAAUACCCAAAGAGAUACGUGCAUUUAGCUUCCAAUAUAGGGUUUCCACUACAUUGUGAGAUUGAAAUCACUGACUGUAUAGCUGUAUAGUAUAGCUGACUGGUGCAUUUUCACUGCAAGCAGUGUAUUCAUAUGUUUGCGAGGCAGUAUUACAGGGUAUGUUUGACCUGUUACCCAAGCCUAACGUACAGAUACUGUACACGGAGUGCAACAUUUUUCCCUUGAAUGACAUCCUGCUUACUGUUAAAGUUCAAAUGCACUUAUUACCCCUUUAAAAGACUCCUUUGGCUGUUAAUAAUAUUAUCACAGAGUAAUAUUAAGCCGGGAACACUCAAACUUGGUAAAAUCGUAUUCUUUCUCAUCUCAUAUUCUUUCAGCAGAGAAGCCUGUUCGGGGGGGGGGCUUACAAAGCAUCAUAUGCCUAAAUAUAGACUUUUGAAAAUACUUUGAUUUAUUUAUUUAUUUUUUUGCACCUAACUCUUUUAACAAACACUAAACUAUGCUUCGGUCUCUAAACCAUUAAUGCUAAUUACAUACCUGCAACACCAGAAACCUCUCCCCUUCCUCUGCUGUAAAGGACAAACGUUUCCCAACAUUGCAAAUCCGAAGUAAUGAGGCGUAGAGGGUACACUGAGCUCCAAGUGGGGCUGUGUGUGGAGCAGAGAAGCACGUGGACACAGUAAAAGGGGAGCUGAUACCUUUUGUUUCCAGCUGAGCGUUCUGCUUUUGAUUGUGUUUUCAAGUAUGUGGAAUGGCUCUGUCUGUUUACUGAAGUAUGAAAGGCAUCAAAUCAAUCGUUUACUUUGUUUGCUUUCAGAGGAGUGGAAAACAAUGUUGUUCUUGUUACAAAUUAAAACACUGCAUUAAACCUGGGAGCUAUUUGCACAGAUCAUUAUCGCCCAUGUUAUACAUGCUUUAUAAUAAUCCAUAGGGGCAUUUUUACUAAACCCUUUAUGCAGUUUGCCCCAUUUUUUCUGAAAGACAUUAGGAUUGUAAAAUGUAUUUUAGAAAAAACAAAAAAAGAUUAUGGUGAACACCAGGAAUGAAAUUUGUUUGUGAAAUAAUGUAUGCCAGUGCAGUCAUGCAUUUUGACAGCAGUGCUAGGCUUUAUUUUCUGUAAGCCUAUAAAACAUGUGAAAUGACUUUGUAAUGGACUCCCUGUUCAGGUGAUGUAUGUGAUAUACAACCUGUGGAUGUCUUUGGUAUUCAGGCAUAGGCAUUCCCCGUCAUGAUGUAUACUGUACAUUGUGUGAAAUGUAUUGUCACAGUGCUUUGAGAUUCAGAUAGAUAGAGCCUUGUAAUGCUGGCUUUAACUAAUCUAGUUGUUGUUUUUUGGGGUGAAGGAUAUUGAGCCUAAAUCACUUUAUCAUUAGCCCUAAUAGAAUCAAAUACACUUUUUUUUUUUUUUUUUUAGAGCUAACUUGUUUUAUUGCAUGCAUGGAAAGAAGCCUAAUGGAUUGCAGUUGAAGUUAUUGCUGACCUUUUCUGUUUUAUCUAUGUUUUAAACCCUGGCAUGACUAAUUUAUCACAGUAAAACUUGAAAGUCAGAAUCAUCUACUGUACUGUCAGAAAAAUACUAACGUAUCGAAAAAGAACGAAACAAAAUGUUAUGUUUAAGCACAUCUUGUUAUAAAUACUGAUAUGUUAAAACCUUUGUGCUGGACACAUAGCAGCCUAGGAGAUUUGUGAAGGCAUCCAAUCUUUAUUUAAUGCUAACUUUACAGAGCACUUUGCAAAGUCACAAAUCUUGUAAUUUUAAUAAAGAUACGUGAUAUAUGAUAGAUUAUGUUUAGCUGGAUUCAGAUUGUGAAUCUUACAAACUUGAACAUACUCUGUAUCUGAACAGAUGUGUAUAUCCAAGCAUCUGGUUGGGGGUGUGCAUUUAAUACUCUUAAGAUUUGUAUGUAUGCAUAUGAUUUCUCAGUGCUAGUUUUCUUCAUUUGAAGCUGUGCUUUGUAGCAGUUGUAACUCUAAAGAUUGCACUGGUUAAAAUUCAUUUAACAUUGUAUUUGUUGUAAGCUGUGAUAGUGCAAAGAAAUUCCCGAUUGUUCAUUUGAUUAAACCUCACCGAAACGCUUGAAGUUUUAGCCGUCCUGAUUGUGUAGUAUCUCAUGAUGCCCAGUAGAUGGCGGUAUGCAGAGCCUUUAAUUUAAUCUUAAAUGUAUUGCAGUUACAGGAAAGGGAUAUUUGUGCCCAACUGCUGUGCUAGCUCUUCCAAUGAGAUUCACUUAGUACAAUAAACACAUCCACUUUCUGUACCUCCUCAGUCACAGGGAUGCACGGGGGCAAGGAGACCAGAAAAUAUGAUUAAGUCAGACCCCAGAAUCACACACUUGUGUAGCUACAUGUGCACUUUUGACAACACAGUUCAGCUUUAUCAUUGUAUUUCUGCAAAUCUAAGUGUGGGUGAUAUAAGUGAGUAAAAUAAGAACAGAUCCAUCGAUUGAUAAUGUAAAGCAUUUAUCGUUUAUUUUAUUAUUAUUUCGGAAUCAAAUCUCCACAUUGUCGCUACUCGGUUCUUUGGGAUGGAAUCUACUUUAUUUUUUAUUUGAUGCGCUUCUUUUUACUGUACGAAUAUCAAAUCCGUGUUUCAAUUUCAAAAGUAACCAAAUGUUACACUGCAGUUGUUUGUCAAUUGUGUUCUUUAGUAUGACGGUUUUCUUUUUAUAUUGGUUAACAUUAAAAAGUUGUAAUAUGA